AUGGCUAUAGGUACUACCAGCUUUACCCAAAAUCUUGGGCUCCUCGCCUCAGAAAUUAUUGAAGUAAUCGCCGAAUCUGGACAGGAAUGCUUCCAUGUCCACAGCUCUAUAUUUGCUGCGAAAUCUAGAACUCUUCGUCGCGCCACAAAGGGUGUAAAGCGCCUUGACCUAUCAAACUGGGACGGAAACACGGUUGCUCGCUUCCUCCAGUUCCUGUAUAUAGGGUCCUACCAGAUACCCGAGUCUAGACUGAUAGAAAGGAGCGAGGGAGACGAGAGCGUGGACGGAGAGAUGAGCCCGAAUACGGCCCAGCGCCGAAAGAACUCUGAGGUUGGGAAUGCGUUGAAUUUCCUAUUGACCCACGCGAAGAUAUAUACACUUGCGGCGUGCUACGACGUUGAAGAGCUUCGGGUCAUAUCUUUCAAGAACCUUCAAAGGGCGCUUGGAAGAAUCGAUGUGGGAGAGCAGACAGCUCGCGUGGUCGAAAUGCUGGAGUAUAUCUAUUCUCAUACAUCCUGUGGAGAACCCAUACGAGAACUUGUGUCGAGGUUUUCUGCCGAAAACUUGCAAACUUUGCUAGGUCCGAUAGACAUGCACCUGUUACUGUAUGAGGGUGGAGAUUUUGCUGUUGAGUUGGUAGAAAAUGUAUCGAAGAGACUUAGUAGCGCCGAGAGAAAGCUGCGGGGAGUCGAGAGGAAGCUUUCGGCUGUGGUGAAGGGGUUGCAGAACUCGAAACCAGCACUAAGGUCUGUGCCAGUAGCGUCCCGAACUAGGUCUCAAAGUGCUAGGCCACGACAGUCCAUGUCUACUGAUCAGAGUUUAUCGGGUAGUCAGACGUCGCAGACGACUUUGAAUAAUACCAGGAUCAGUUGGUUCAAUACGGACUUUUUAUUUUGGGCGUUCUCUCGGUUCCCACACAAAUCUUUUCGGAUUACCCUAGGCGUCCUCAUAUCGGCCGCCACAAUUACCAAUGUAAUCAACUACCAGUCGGAGACUAUAAGCAGUACUACUUUCCAAAAUCUUUGCAAACACUACUCUACGCGCUCCUGGGUCGAUAGCGACAUGUUGGCUGUGGGGAACCAACCACUUAAGGAAGCCUGUCUCGAUCAUGUGCCUGGUACACGGGUUCCCAAACCAUAUAUAUUAGCCUACAACGAAGUUUGGGUUCCUGAGAUGUGUGAAAUGACCUCAUGGUUAGCACGUGGGGAGUAUAAUGUAAGUGGCAAGCGGUUUAGAGAGUAUUGUAGGGAUGUAGCUCGGCAAAAGUGGAGUAAAGCACAUCAGGUUAACGAGGCGGCGGCGGGAGCUGUUGAUACUUCUACGGGAUCAGAAAAUGCGGGCAUGCCUACCGCUAAGAGUGUGCACAAAACCUUUUCUGAAGACGCCGAGCCUAGAGAUAUCAUUUCUUUCAUUACUCACCCAGUUUCACUUUUCGUGUUGCUUGUAGCUGGUUAUUACAGCUACGUGCAUCUCUUCGUUGUACAUGUUGCAAGACCAAGCGGGAUGGAAUCAAUUCCACGUCGACGUGGGUUCAUAUAUCCAACUGAUAGUCGGGAUGCGAUCUAG